GUGCUCCAUUCUUCCUCACUCACAACAUGGCGGCCUAACAGAGGCACUGCGCCCGAGACAGCGCGCACAUCGUGGAUUUACCCCGCACGACGAGCUCCGCAGCCCCACAGGACGAGCCCCGGACUCCCGCAGGAACCGCAACGGGCAUGGGUUACUGACGUGCCGCUCUGGAGCCGAGUCUCCGCGGGAUACAAGCCGAGGAUCCAAACACAAGAGCCGUGCGCCCUGCUCCGACCCGCGGCCCCCUCCUCCGCUGAUCCUGGGGUGUGGAGCCGAGAGGAGCCGAGGCAGAGCGGGGCCGAACCGUGCCGCACCGAGGCGCUCCUGCCGCUGCCUUUGUGCCUCUGAGCCGCGCACUCCUGAAGUUUGGCUGCGCGGGAGUUGUGGAUCAGUGCGAGCGAAUGACUGAGUGAGACUCCUCCUCCAUCAGGGCAGGAUGGGUGAGAGUACCCUCCUCCUGCUGCUGUUGCUGGGUGGCCGCGGCGCAAGACCCGCUUCAGACUUAGGUCCUUCGGUCUCCCCCACAGCCCCCCCUGACCCCUCCCCCUCUAUCACAGAUGUUCCACUUGCCCCUCCAAGUCCCACAACUCCGAUCACGCCCACUGUCACCUCAGCCACACCCACCACAGCUCCCCCUCAGGACCCCCCCUCAUCUACCCAAAAUGACUCCGCCUGGGUGCUUCCUGUGCCUCCCUCUCCAGCUCCCACAACAGCGCUCACAGCAACACCCACAUCAGCACCCACGGCAGCACCCACCCUAACAGCCACCCUCGGCCCAGACCAGAGGACCCCAGGGCCCCCCCAGGUCACAGGGAGCACCCAAUUCCCCUCUAACGCCCCCACUACAGACCUGGGUAAUGAUGUUGAUGAUGAUGAUGAUGAUGGGUACUUUGAGGCCGAAACCACACCUGAUGCAGGGCCAGAGUUUACCUCACACUCCACUCCCCAAGAUGAAGACUCGUCUGAGGACAUGCCGAUCAUCGCGGUGAUGGUGGCUCUGUCCUUUCUGCUUGUCAUCAUCUUCAUCAUCAUCAUUCUCUACAUGCUCAGGUUUAAAAAGUACAAACAGGCAGGAAGUCACUCAAACUCUUUCAGAAAGGCCAACGGACGCUCAGAGGACACUGAGCUACAGAGUGUGCCACUAUUGGCUCGUUCACCUAGCACAAACAGGAAGUACCCGCCCCUUCCUGUGGACAAACUGGAGGAGGAAAUGAACCGCCGCAUGGCCGACGACAACAAGCUCUUCAGGGAGGAGUUUAACGCGCUCCCAGUGUGUCCCAUCCAGGCGUCAUGUGAUGCUGCGUCAAAAGAAGAAAACAAAGAGAAGAACAGAUAUGUGAACAUCCUCCCCUAUGACCACUCUAGAGUGCACCUGUCUCUGCUGGAGGGAGUACCUGACUCAGACUUCAUCAACGCCUCCUUCAUAAACGGCUAUCAGGAGAAGAACAAGUUCAUUGCUGCUCAAGGGCCGAAGGAGGAGACGGUGAACGACUUCUGGAGAAUGAUCUGGGAACAAAACACAGCAACAAUUGUCAUGGUGACCAACCUGAAAGAGAGAAAAGAGUGUAAGUGUGCUCAGUACUGGCCGGACCAGGGCUGUUGGACCUAUGGCAGCAUCAGAGUCUCUGUGGAGGACACCACUGUGUUAGUGGACUAUACAGUACGCAAGUUCUGUAUACAACAGGUGGGCGACGUCUCAGGUAAAAAACCCCAGCGUCUCCUCAUUCAGUUUCACUUUACAUCAUGGCCGGACUUCGGGGUCCCCUUCACCCCAAUUGGGAUGCUAAAGUUCCUCAAGAAGGUCAAGAACUGCAAUCCCCCUUACGCCGGACCCAUAGUGGUGCACUGCAGCGCUGGUGUCGGCCGCACUGGGACCUUCAUUGUGAUAGACGCCAUGUUAGAUAUGAUGAUGUCAGAGAGGAAGGUUGACGUGUUUGGUUUCGUGACCAGGAUAAGAGCCCAGAGGUGUCAGAUGGUCCAGACCGAUAUGCAGUACGUCUUCAUCUUCCAGGCCCUGUUGGAGCAUUAUCUCUAUGGCGACACAGAGCUGGAAGUGACAUCGCUUGAGUCUCACCUGUCGAAGUUGUAUGCACCUGCCCCGGGGGCGGGCUGCAGCGGCCUGGAGGCGGAGUUUAAGAAGUUGACGUCGAUAAAGAUCCAGAACGAUAAGAUGAGGACAGGUAACCUGCCAGCGAACAUGAAGAAGAACCGUGUGCUGCAGAUCAUCCCCUAUGAGUUUAACCGCGUGAUCAUUCCAGUGAAAAGAGGAGAGGAAAACACGGACUACGUCAACGCCUCCUUCAUCGAUGGUUACAGACAGAAGGACUCGUACGUGGCGUCUCAGGGCCCACUGCUGCACACCAUCGAGGACUUUUGGAGGAUGAUCUGGGAGUGGAGGAGCUGCUCCAUCGUGAUGCUGACGGAGCUUGAAGAGAGAGGACAGGAGAAAUGUGCUCAGUACUGGCCCAGUGAUGGCACUGUGGUGCAUGGAGACAUCUCCAUCGAGCUGAAGAGAGAAGAGGAGAGCGAGAGUUACACCGUCAGAGACCUGCUCGUCACACAUACACGAGAGAACAAGGCUCGUGCAGUGCGGCAGUUCCAUUUCCAUGGCUGGCCCGAGAUCGGGAUUCCCACAGACGGAAAAGGAAUGAUCAACAUCAUUGCCGCAGUGCAGAAGCAGCAGCAGCAGUCUGGGAAUCACCCCAUUACUGUACACUGCAGUGCUGGAGCUGGUAGAACAGGGACAUUUUGCGCCCUCAGCACAGUUCUGGAGCGGGUGAAGGCCGAGGGGAUCCUGGAUGUGUUUCAGACGGUCAAGAGCCUCAGGCUGCAGAGGCCCCACAUGGUGCAGACACUGGAGCAGUACGAGUUCUGCUACAAAGUGGUUCAGGAAUACAUCGAUGCCUUCUCCGACUACGCCAACUUCAAAUAGUACCGCACUCCUAAGUACUGCAAAGUAUUCCAGAGAUACUUCAAAUAGUACUACACUCCAAAGUACUGCACAAAUACUUCAAAUAGUACUACACUCCUAAGUACUCCAGAGACACUUCAAGUAGUACUAUACUUCAGAGUACUUUAAAGUAUUCCACAGAUACUUCAGAUAUUACUACAGUUUAACUUCCAUUAGGACCACAUGUUCACUGGACCCUUUUCUGUGGGACGUCUUCUCUCCAGCUCUCUCCAAGUCCGGACCAGGAUCUAGACCAGGAUCUAGACCAGGACUCAAAUCUGGAUCAGAACAAAGACAAAGUACUUAGACCAGAGUCAAGACCAGAGUCAAGACCAGAGUCAAGACCAGAGUCAAGACCAGAGUCAAGACCAGAGUCAAGACCAGAGUCAAGACCAGGACCAAGGACUUAAACCAGGUCCAAAGUCCAUGAUCUAAACCAGGACUCAAAUCUGGGUCAGAACCAGGACCAAGGACUCAAACCAAGUCUGGGUGUAAACCUGGAUCUGGCCCAGACUUGAGUACAUGAGUUGACAUGACUUGUAUUCAGUAUUUGUGUAUUUUAGUUUUACAUAUUGGACCUAGACUUGUGUUGUAGUAUUCUUCACUUGGCUUAAUGUUGUUCUUCUUAUUUCAAACUCAAAUGUAUUCACCGAUAUAAUCAAAAACUACAAUUCAAACUUUUCUCAAGAAAAAGGUCCAAAAUCCCAGAAUCCUUCACAAAUGAAUCCUUUGUUUUUUACUAAACCUCUCACUAGACUUCAUUGUCCUUUGGAUCAUUAAUUGUUUGUUGUUAUUAUAAUUAAACUGUGCAGGCCAAACUCAUAACUAAAUUUAAAUUCUGAAUUCAAGUCAUGAGAUUUUAAUUUUUGCAAUUCAUCAAAACCGGAUAUAAACCAGGUCCAUAGAUUGUAUAUAUAAGUAGGCAUAGCUAAACUGCUGGUUCUAAACAGGAAGUGGGCAUGGGCACGAUUCGGCUCCAUCGAGCGACUCCGAUUCACGUUCUGUAGAAAAACAGUGGCCCCUCUCAGUAACUGCUGCUGUCAGGCUCGUCAUUUUGACCUUAAAAUCCGCUCUAGAUGAUCCUGGGGGUCACUGAGAUCACUCAAUCAUUAGCAACAAGUUUGACUGACAGCUAUCUCGGCUCACUGUUAAGAAGGAGCAUUACCAUCAACAGCCUCGCUCUUGAUUGGUUCUUUGGUUUUGCACUUGGAUUUCCAAAUAUGGUCCCUGGUUGCAGAUUAGCCACUAAAACUGCUAGCUUUGAAGAGCUUCAUUUGGAGCUGAACGCUGUGGGUGACGUUGCACUCACUUAGUCCACUUCUUAUACAGUGUGUGGUCCAGGACCUUAAGUGAAGAAAAGUAAAUGUAAAAAAUGUAUCUGGACUUGGAUCUCAACCAGGACCAUAAACGGAGCCUACAGUAAACCCUGGACUGGCUAGACCUGGACCGGACCGAGCGCUGCCUUGGUGAAUCGUUUGUAAUAUUGUGCAUAUUUUUCUCCUCCGCGUGUACAAAUCUUCCUCCUUUUCUUUGACUCUUUUAAUGGUAUUAUAAAUGUACAAAUAUAUGGGAUUUUAUUAUUAUUAUUAUUAUUAUUUUGGGUUAGUUUUUAAGCUGUUGGACUUCUUUUUUUUUUUUUUUAUGCACCAAAUGUAAAGUGGCUGAGAAGAGAACACAGAAUCCACCCUUGUAAUAGUAUUGAUUAUUAGGGCUGCACAGUAACUGUUCUCAUGUAGAGAAGCUUGUCUCCAUGGAGAUGUUAUUGCUGAAAAGGUUGCGAAAAGUAUCAAUAAUCAGAUGCUAAUCGAAAACUAGUGUUGAAACUAAAUGCUAAUUUUUCACAGGUGUACGAUACGAAAAAGGUCCCAUUGACAGGACAGAAAUGAACCUUUCCUGAAUAUCUUUAGAAUGAUCUUGAGUUGUAUCAGAACAAGUUUAAGACACAUAGACGAGUAAACACCCAUGGACCACUAUGAACCUACUGGACACUGAGGGAUUACACAGAUAUAAGGCCACAUGGGAAUAGAAAAAAGUACUAUUAUUUAAUGUUCAAAUGCAUUCUAAACAAAGUUUUUUUUAAUCAUUGUGGUAUCAGAAUCGGUAUCGAGUCUAUUCCUUACUAUGGAAAUCGAGUUUGAAAUCGAUUCAUGUUCCACAGUGCAGCAUUAAACCUAUCCAUUUUGUUUUUUGCUGGUUCAGGUUAUUCCUAAAAGAAAUACCUUGACAAACCUACAUUCUUACUGUGAGCGGUUUUAAUGCCGUAGUGUGGAACUUUCCAGGCAAAACAACAACAUCACCAUGGAGACAAACAUGUGGACUGACCUCCACCAUAAAAAUGACACAGUGCAGCUUUAAAUGUAGUACUGCAAAUAAGCCUUAAUGUGCUCCUCCAAAUCAGGCUCAAGUUUCCCCUGCAGAAAAAAACACAUUCCUAAUUAUUUCAAAUGUAUUUUAAAUUAUUUAUUUUUAUAGUUUUAUUCCAGAACAGAUUCACAUUUGUUACUCCAUUUUAUAUUUUUUUAUUCUCAAACUCUGAUGGUUGAAAGUUAAAGAGGGGGUAUUCUGCAAAUGUUUUUUAAGCUUGUUAUAAUGUUUUUCCCUCGUCAAAAACGUGCCUGAAGAGGUUUCAGAUGUCAUUUGUGCAUUUUUGAGUAAUCUAGUGAUCUCUCUCAAUUCCUAUUCCAACAGUUAGUAGUAUGAGCCUGUACAAGGCUCCACCCACAAGUUCCCAUGAGACAAUUCAAAUAUACAAAAACAUGAUACAAACUGUACACAGCAACUUGACAAACUUGAUGUGAUGUGCAGUGGUUUCAUUAGUGGGAUGAACGAUUGAUUGUGUUGUGAUGGUGCUCUGAAGGGGGAGGGACUUAGCACGGAGAGGAAUGAGAGGGGGGCUCAGAGUGGAUUCUGCUCAAAUCCCAUAGUUUUGUUUCUGUUUCUGAGAAUAAACUCUGAAAUGGACAAACUUUAAAUAUAUAUAACAUUUAUGCUGUGUGUAUGCAAUAUACGUGGUUACAGCAGAUAAUACACGCAUUCUCAUAAAUUAAAUUUAAAAAAUCAGCCAAUGACAGCCCUCUUAAGCCCAGGCCCCUCCCCUGAGCUCAGGCCCCUUUGUCCUUGUUGGUAUAAAUGAAAUGUGUGACCUGUCCAGAUGGGGUGAUGUCUGCUCUAAUGGCCACAGCGGAAUGUUUGAAUUUCCUAGAGCACACAUUUACUUUAAUCAGAAAACUGAUGAGAGGAGGGUGAUAAAACAGGUCUGAACCAGGUCUAAACCAGGAUUAAACCAGGACUAAACUAGGUCUAAAGCAGGACUAAACCAGGACUAAGUCAGGACUAAAUCACAACAUAGACUUUUUAUCUCCACAAUGACUGAAUAAUUUCGUUUAAUACAAAUGUGUAUUUUGUGCACAUUUUUAACUUGUUCAUAAUCAAAUCUGCCCAAAAAUCCCAAACAAAACAUACUCAGCCAAUCAGAGGCCUGUUUUAGUCCUGGUUUAGACCUGAUUUAGCUGACAGAAACUUAAACAUUCAAAUUCCAGUCUCAUUUGAUAUCAAAGUGACCACCCGCUCAUCCGGGCAGCAGUCUAAGCAGGGACUGCCAGACUUCCUUCACCCUAGACAUGUCCUCCAGCUCCUCCGGUGGGACCCCAAGGCGUUCCCAGGCCAGCUGAGAGACAUAGUCCCUCCAGCGUGUCCUGGGUCUUCCCCAGGGUCUCCUCCCCGUGGGACAUGCCCGGGACAUGCCCGGAACACCUCCUCAGAGAGGCGUCCAGGAGGCAUCCUGAACAGAUGCCCAAGCCACCUUAGCUGAAGAAGCAGCGGCUCUACUCCUCCCGUGUGACUGAGCUCCUCACCCUAUCUCUAAGGGUGCGCCCAGCCACCCUGAGGAGGAAACCCAUUUCGGCUGCUUGUAUCCGUGAUCUUGUCCCUUUCGGUCAUUACUCAAAGCUCAUGACCAUAGGUGAGGGUAGGAACGGUAGAUUGACCAGUAAAUCCAGAGCUUUGCCUUUGGGCUCAGCUCCUUCUUUAUCACAAUGAACCGAUACAGCGAACGCAUCACUGCAGACGCUGCACUGAUCCAACUGUCAAUCUCAUGCUCCAUCCUUCCCUCACUCAUGAACAAAACCCCAUGAUACUCAAACUCCUCCACUUGAGGCAGGGGCUCACCAACCACCUGGAGAGGGCACCACCUUUUUCUGGUCUAGAACCAUGACCUUGGAUUUGGAGGAGCCGAUUCUCAUCCCAGUUGCUUCAUGCUAGUAUCUAGUGCCAUUUGUAUAACUUUUUUUUUUUUUUUGCAAAACGUUGGCGAUGUGCAAGUGGACUGGCAGAGUGGUUAGCCCCAGACAUCGUUGAAUAUCCCAUAUGUUUGAAUGUGACCCAAGCAGUGGGAAUUGACCCUACAACCCUCUGUGCCAAACUUAAACCUCUGCCACAGAGAAAAAAGUGCCUCAGCGAAAAAUGAAACCAAAAUCUGACCAAAAGAAUGAACCAAACGCGAGUGACCAUUUUGAAUUUUUAUUUUCAAACUCAUCUGGAGGUGCAAUUUAACUACAGUGUGAACAAAUGGACAGAUAUGAAAAUGAUUCACAAACUGGAUUCAGGACUAAACCAGGACUAACCCAAGACUUAACCAGGACUGAACCACGUGCCAGGGACUAGAGCAGAUCUAAAACAAGACUGCACUAGAUCUAAACCAGUACUUGAUUAUGAGUAAAUCAGGUCUAGCACAAACCAGCACUAAUGCAGGUCUGGAGGAGAUCUUAACCUGGACUCGACCAGUACUAAACCAGGACUAAACUGACUUAACUCGGACUAAAGCAGGACUAAACAAGGUCUAAACCAGGACUGAACAACUUGCCAGGAACUAAAGCAAAACUAAUUCAAGACUACAUUAGGUUUAAACUUGGUUUAAACCUAGAGCAGUCUUGGUUUAGUUUAGUAGGACUGAACCAGGAUUUGACUGGGAGUAAAUCAGGUCUAGCACUAACCAGCACUAAUGCAGGACUGGACCAGGUCUGAGCCAGGACAAAGUCAGGUCUAAAAAAACUAGACUAAGUAUAUUUCUCAGAAACAAACCAGGACCAGAAACGAUUGUCUGUGACAUCUACCCCAGGACUUCAACCCAAUGUCUUGUAGGUCUAAACAAGAACUAAACCUGGACUAAACCUGGACUAAACCUGGACUAAGCCAAGACUAUUUUUAUAUAUGAAAACUCACUGUUUAAGUUCACAUGUAUUUCAAUUUAAGUUCAUUACUCAGCAGUGGUGAUUAUAUUUAGGACCAAAACUGGAUGAAAAUUCAAUUUAAGUUUUAAUUUAAAGGGCCCAUGUUACACAAUUCUCUGAUCUCUGUUCUAAUGUUUCCUCAUCACAAAACUGGUGUUGUGUUUAGUUUCAUUCACAUGUUUAACACAAACCCUGCACAUUCAGGCUGAGGUUCUCUCAGAAAACACUCUGUUCCACCUUGAUGACACCUGAUGUCAUGUGGUGAUACAGGAAGUGCUCUACUGUGUUUUUAAACUCCAUACACCUUCACUAGAAUCAUUUGGAUGAUUUUUGUCCUGGAAUUGCCAAUCUCUACUGAAGUAGCUGUCAACUUUGAAAACUACAGCUUCAUGACAUCACAAGGUGCUACAGAGCAUUUUGAGCUUUGGAGAUGUAGACAGACUAAUACUACAGGGUAACUCAAACGUGUGAAUGAAACAAAAAACACAACUCCAGGUUUGUUUUUGAGGAGGUAACCCCAUUAUAACAUGGCUCACAAGAGUCCAUUUUGCAUAAUAUAGGACUUUUAAACUAAGCCUCCAGUCAUGAUCCUCCCCUUUAACUCCCAGUCUACGCACAUGUUCUUUGUCAUUCCUGCCUCUGUACAUCCGUGUUCUGUGUCUCUGCUCGUCAUGUGUGCACACAGACCAUGCAGACUUUGGGUUUGGGGAAAUGUUUUUUGUCUUAAGCUGAAAUCUUUGAAUGGUUUUCAUGUUUUGCUAUUGGACUUUUGAAUAUUGUGUAUAUAAUUGUGUAUAUGUUAUAAAGGCCUUUUUAAGACGCUGUUCGGACUGAAAUAAACCGCUUGAGAUUUUAACAA